AUGGCCAAGGCAGCGAGCGGGGGUCAGACCAGCACGGCCGUCACCAGGGGCGGCCGUGGGGCUACAGGCACGGUCGCGGGCACCGGCCUUCGCCAACGCAGACCAGCCCGCUCGACGGGCACCAGCGGCCGCGGCGUCGGCCAAAGCAUCGUCAACUUCUACACGGACGACACCCCUGGACUCAAGAUCCAGCCGGUGUGGGUCAUCGUCAUGAGCCUGGGGUUCAUCCUGUCCGUGACGGUCCUGCACAUCAUCGGGAAGCUGCGCGCCUAA